UCUGGUGAGUUGUGCCAUGCAGUCAAGUCUUGCUGUCGGACCGAGGGCCCAAUUCAGUCGGGCCCAGCAUUCCUCAGUCAGAAUGACGCAACUUAUAACCAAAUGGGUUAUAAUCAGUUCUUCACCAAGGGACCGCAGUGUCGAUUGAGUGCUGUGGUGCUUGCAAACGAUGGAGGAUCAACAACCUUAAAACCCUUCUCGCGGAUCAAUGCAGUAAUAAAGGAUGUGAAUGACAAUGCGCCUCAUUUUGCUUAUGUGGAUCUUGAGGUGGAUACAGGAAGAUCUGAAAUUUCUCAUGGUCCCGCCACGGACUGCUUGCAUAUCACCUUCCCUGAGGGCAUGGAAGGUAUUGGACAGAGUUUUGCCCUGCCUACUGCGGUUGAUGACGACUUUCUACCGGAAAACUCUGCCAUCACCUAUUUCAUUGCUAUGAAGUCGCCUGAAUCGGAUUCUUUCCACGAGCCUGGGACGCUGCGGAAGGUUGAACUUCCUAUCGAUGCCAGCAGAUCAACACCAACUUGGGUAGCGGUCGGGCCCUUUCGAUUGGUUUACCAAACAAAGGACUCUUCUCUGGCUCUCGAAGUUGCCCGGGAGCUAGACAGAGAGACUCAAUCUGAGUACGAACUCAUCCUCUAUGCUGCAGACAGCGGCGGCAAACAGAGCACGCUUUGCCUGCAUGUAUAUGUCUUGGACGUUAAUGAAUUCGCGCCAACAUUUGUCACUGUCACCCAAUUGGGCAAAGUGGAGGUCUCCGAGAUGAUAGAUCAGGGCAGUGGCUGGCGACUGAUUCAAAUCUACGAAAAUAUAUCCGUCCCGUCGGCAUUAAUUCAGGUUGUUGCAGAAGACAAAGACGCUCCACCUGCUAACAAGAUAAUCUACAAACUCGGCCCUGGUUUUCCCCCAAAUGAAGUUCCUGCCACCUUCUCCCUGGAACCCCUUAGUGGAAGACUGACGCUAGAGCGCAGCCUUGACUAUGAACGCACAAAACGUUAUAAGUUAUCAGUAUUGGCUAUUGAUGCAAAUUGUGAUUCCACGCUUGAGAUGCAAAAUUUGACAAAACGCCUUCUCAAGAAAACCUCCCGCGCCAUAGCAGAAAGUAUAAAAAAGGAACGCAAAACAGCCAGUCUUACCCUGGACAUCCGGGUGAAAGACUGUAACGAUAAUGCUCCCGAAAUUAAACUCCAGGGCACAGUCAGUGAUGGUCAAGCUCGCCCCAACGGUGAUAUCGAGACCCUGGAAGUGCUGGAAAACUCCCCACAGGGACUGUCCCUAGUAUUUUUCAGUGCAAUCGACAGAGACCAGGGUGAUGCAGGCCUUACCACGUGUCACCUCUUAAACUGGACUCACAAAUUUCGCAUUCAUAAGUUCGCUGAUUUCUACAGCCUCGAAACAGCCGGCGAAUUGGACCGCGAGCAAAAAAGCGAGUAUAUCCUGACAAUUGAAUGUUCUGACAGUGGAAAUCCACCGUUAGCCAGCAAGAAAUUGAUCAGAGUUAUACUGCUGGACGAGAAUGACGAGGCUCCGCAGUUUUCUCAGCCCAUUUACGCCUUUCAUGUAGCCGAAGGUAGUCCACCUGGUACCCCACUGCUCACAGUAGGCGAAAACCAACCAAUGCCAGUGACUGCUUUUGACAGGGAUCUGAACAAUUCCCUGGUUUACCACAUCGAACCCAGUACUGCGCCCUCCCCUAGAUUCGAUCUCGACCACUCAGACAUUGGUGAUCAGGCCAUGGCAUUCGACUACCAGUUGUUUGAUGUUGACCCAUCUACGGGUAAAUUAAGCACAAAAAACGUUCUGGACCGUGAGCAGCGAAAAAGUCACCAAUUCAGUCUCUGUGCCAGUGAUGAUCAGCACAAAACAUGCACGGAAGUUAUCGUGCAUUUGGACGAUGUUAAUGACAACCCGCCCAUUUUUGAGCGCGAGACCUACAUCAUACGCCUGACUGAAAAUGAGCAAAUCUUCGAGCCCCUCAUAAUCUUUAAUGUCACCGAUGUGGACAUCGGAAAUCAGGGCUUUACAUUCGCCAUCGAGCCAUUUCAGGCUUCCGGUGGUAGCUCAGGCGAAUCUGACAGUGCCGCCGCCGAGGCGGCUGCUGCCUCUAUUUUUUCCUCCGAAGUCCGAACUCUGCAUCGUCACUUUAGCAUUCGUGACAAUAAACUGUUCCUUCGCCAUCCCCUGGAUCGAGAGAAAAGGGCUCACUUUCACUUUAUGGUUCGCGUUACUGACUCGCAAAAGACCAUGUCAAAUGGCCUGCUUCAGUCCAAGAAUCUUUCCAGUACGGCGGAAAUUUUCGUGGAGGUGGCAGACACAAAUGACAAUGCUCCAGUUUUCAUUUUCCCCAAUGCUAGUGCGGGAAGCGAGGGUGGAAAUCAGCUGAAUGUCUCCUGCCGGGAAACAAUGGGCAGUUCGAUUGGCCACAUUGAAGCGACAGAUGCAGACCUCGGCAGAAACGGGACUAUUGUGUAUUCUGUCAUCCAGGGUCCCGUCUCAAAUGAACUGUUUUAUCUCGACAAGCAGUCCGGGGAGCUGUUUGUUAACUCUGGCAGCCUGAUUGAUAAUUGCGAUUCGGUGUUUCUCUUAGUGGUGUCAGCCGACGAUUUAGGCCCACCUCAGAGCAAAAAGGGUCGUCCACUACCCGUAGAGCGACUACUCAUUCGUCUGCAAAACCAGCCAACUCUAGCAGAGUACAUGUCCUUGAGCUCCCGGCAACAAGUUAACGACCAAGAAGGGCUGGAUAGCAUGCGUGGGGAGGGCGGCUACUUCGGAAUGCCAGCGAAAACUAUGCUCAGUGUUGUUCUUGGCGGAUGUAUCGUCUUCCUCACAGGUCUCUUCUUGGCCUGGCUUAUCCUCAUGGUUUACAACAGGUCAAAAAGACGGCGCCGGGAGAGAUUGGAUAUGGAAUUUCAGGCUCAGCGGUGUAUAGAUGCGGCAGCCUCCCACUCCGAGUCCUUCCUCCACCCUCUGGCAAAUUAUCCACCACAAGUGGGCCUGCAAGCUCAAGGCCCAGUUUUGCAGUAUGCCGUCAGUCUUAAGGACUACUCACCAAGCAGAAAAGGUGCGCAGAUUGAGGAGUCCUAA